AGGACAAGCCUUGCACCCACAUUCGCUGUUAAGGAUGGAUAAGAGAAGCAGGGCACGUUCCCCUGACAGAAUAGGAAAAAUGAACGCACUCAGAAAGGAUCUGUUCACCUCCCGAACCCUGACGACAGAACACCUAGCCGUCAGGUGAAAUCAAGCACCUGAGCCGAGGAAAACAAAGCGGGCUCAACUCUCCUGGCUGCAGCGCGCUCUCCGCACAAGCCCGGAUCCCCUUCCCCACCUCCCGAGGGUCCUUCCACCCCACCCUGCGCGUAAAUCGCACCCCUCAGAAGUUCUGCGUUAGAGAACGCAGCGGGGAAGAACAUUUUCUGCAAGUAAAGAAAGUAAAAGUAGGGCAGUCCGAGGAGAUUGAAAGGGCAACACUAUCACGCAAGAAAACUGUACCUAUUACACCAUUCUUUGGCGAAGGUUAUUCAGCAGUGGUGACCCCUUACAAUCGAACACUCUACAAAUUAUUAUCUCUGGACUCCCAGCUGACACCCUGCCGGAGGCAAGAGCUACUGAGCCAACUGGAACUGUGCCUUUUCUCUUGUCAAGGUUUUUUUCUUACACAGGAAAAAGGAAGAAAAAAAAAAAGAUGAAGUUGGGCAAAGCGGAGCUGUGCCGUUUUCUGCAGCUGAUAGCGCUUUUCCUGUGUUUCUCGGGGAUGAGUCAAGCAGAGCUCUCCAGGUCCAGAUCAAAGCCCUAUUUCCAAUCAGGGAGGUCCCGGACCAAGCGCAGCUGGGUGUGGAAUCAGUUCUUUGUGCUGGAGGAAUACAUGGGUUCAGACCCUCUCUAUGUAGGAAAGCUUCACUCUGAUGUUGAUAAAGGAGAUGGUUCCAUCAAAUACAUCUUGUCAGGCGAAGGGGCAAGUUCCAUUUUCAUUAUUGAUGAGAACACGGGGGAUAUCCAUGCCACCAAGAGGCUGGACCGAGAGGAGCAGGCCUACUAUACGCUGCGAGCCCAGGCGCUGGACAGGCUCACCAACAAGCCCGUGGAGCCCGAGUCCGAGUUUGUCAUCAAGAUUCAGGACAUCAAUGACAACGAGCCCAAGUUCUUGGAUGGCCCAUACACUGCAGGAGUUCCUGAAAUGUCGCCUGUGGGGACCUCAGUGGUACAAGUGACAGCAACGGAUGCUGAUGAUCCUACAUAUGGCAACAGUGCCCGAGUGGUCUACAGCAUUCUGCAAGGACAGCCAUACUUCUCAGUGGAACCAAAGACAGGAGUCAUCAAGACCGCCCUUCCAAACAUGGAUAGAGAGGCUAAAGACCAGUAUUUGCUUGUUAUUCAGGCAAAGGAUAUGGUUGGUCAAAAUGGAGGACUCUCAGGAACUACGUCAGUCACCGUGACCCUAACUGAUGUCAACGAUAACCCACCUCGCUUUCCUCGAAGGUCUUACCAGUAUAAUGUCCCAGAAUCACUGCCAGUGGCCUCUGUUGUGGCCAGAAUCAAAGCAGCUGACGCAGAUAUAGGAGCUAAUGCUGAAAUGGAAUACAAAAUUGUGGAUGGUGACGGAUUAGGGAUUUUCAAGAUUUCUGUCGACAAAGAUACACAGGAAGGAAUCAUCACUAUACAGAAGGACCUGGAUUUUGAAGCCAAAACAAGUUACACACUCCGGAUAGAAGCUGCAAACAAAGAUGCCGACCCUCGCUUUCUGAGCUUGGGUCCCUUCAGCGACACGACCACAGUGAAAAUAAUCGUGGAAGAUGUGGAUGAGCCCCCUGUGUUUUCCUCACCCUUGUACCCCAUGGAGGUAUCGGAGGCUACCCAAGUUGGGAAUAUCAUUGGCACCGUCGCGGCUCAUGACCCAGAUUCUUCCAACAGCCCUGUGAGGUAUUCAAUUGACAGAAACACAGACUUGGAGAGAUAUUUCAAUAUCGAUGCCAACAGUGGAGUUAUUACAACCGCCAAAUCUUUGGAUCGAGAGACAAAUGCUGUUCAUAAUAUCACAGUUCUUGCAAUGGAGAGCCAGAAUCCGUCUCAAGUUGGAAGAGGCUAUGUGGCCAUUACUAUACUCGACAUCAAUGACAAUGCCCCUGAAUUUGCUAUGGACUAUGAAACCACCGUGUGUGAAAAUGCCCAGCCAGGGCAGGUUAUCCAGAAGAUCAGUGCCGUUGAUAAAGAUGAGCCAUCCAAUGGACACCAGUUUUAUUUCAGCUUAACGACUGAUGCAACAAAUAACCACAACUUUUCAUUGAAAGAUAACAAAGACAACACGGCUUCCGUUCUCACCAGGAGAAACGGCUUCCGGAGACAGGAGCAGUCUGUGUACUACCUGCCCAUCUUCAUCGUGGACAGUGGUUCGCCUUCGCUCAGCAGCACGAACACCCUCACCAUCCGCGUCUGUGACUGUGAUGCCGACGGGGUAGCCCAGACCUGCAACGCGGAGGCCUAUGUCCUACCUGCCGGCCUCAGCACCGGAGCCCUGAUCGCGAUCCUCGCCUGUGUCUUGACGUUACUGGUGUUGAUCCUCCUCAUCGUCACCAUGAGAAGACGGAAAAAAGAGCCUCUCAUUUUCGACGAGGAGAGAGAUAUCCGAGAAAAUAUUGUGAGAUACGACGAUGAAGGUGGGGGAGAGGAAGACACAGAAGCUUUUGACAUGGCCGCACUGAGGAACCUCAAUGUCAUCAGAGAUACCAAGACCCGAAGGGAUGUGACUCCAGAAAUUCAGUUCUUGAGUCGACCGACUUUUAAAAGCAUCCCAGACAACGUCAUCUUUCGAGAAUUUAUUUGGGAGAGGCUGAAAGAAGCUGACGUGGACCCCUGUGCUCCCCCCUAUGACUCCUUGCAGACGUACGCGUUCGAAGGAAAUGGCUCAGUGGCUGAAUCGCUCAGCUCCUUAGAUUCCAUCAGCUCGAACUCUGAUCAGAAUUACGACUACCUAAGUGACUGGGGGCCUCGCUUUAAACGACUCGCAGAUAUGUAUGGCACCGGCCCCGAGAGUUUGUACUCAUAGCCCCGGAACCUUAAUCUGAAAUGUACUGGAGAAAAAAAUAAAUAAAUAAAAGCAAAAACGAAACAAGGCAAAACAACGAGACAAAACAAAACAACCCACUACAUACAGAAAACAAGAACUCGGCUUACGAGACAGAACGGUUGUACAUGUUUCUCCAUUUUUGACUGUUUGGGCUUUGGCCUUGGUGAAGUGUAUCUCCAUUAGACUUACCCAAGGGACUGCACUGACCACAGACUCUGAGCAUUCGAAGGCUUUUUGAUAAAACGAAAUGCUCAGUGGUUUGUGAAUAGAUAGCAACUCUCAGAUACCUGCAAAGCACCCAACCUCUAUGAGCGAGUAGUGCCCUGUGUUGUCCGUGACCCAAGCGUGCCCCGUACAAACCUUCACGGUACUGCCAGUGAGAAGAACAACACACGAUGCGCCAUUGAAAUGUCCUAGAACUUCUCGCGACUCAAAACCCGGGACCAGUAUAAUUUGCGGUGAUGCUUUUCGCUUGCUAGAUUACAGAAUCCAGCGCAAGCUUACUGCUGCUGGUUAGCAAAUAUAUUUUAUUUAGCAGUAUAUAAAUUCUUAGAAAAUCCUCCCCGGUCCUCCAAUACAAACCGAUAAAAUUUGGUUUCAGGCAACAUAAACCGUUGUUUAGCAAAUAAAUUACGAAGGGUUCCAAAUAAGAAAAAAAAAAAAAAAAAAAAGGUAAAUCAUUCCUUUUGAGCUGCUUGUGGAGGUAUGAAAAAAAGUUGCUGUCUAUUCAUUGAUUUUUAUUAUCUCUUCUGAUUUAUACAGGAGACUAUCUUUUCUUUUUUUUUUUUUUUUAUUUUCAUACAUGGUGUUCUAUUUAUUUUGGAGCUCCGAUCUCCACGAAAUUCAGGUCCAUCUGACUGCCUCAUAGAACUAAGCUCGUCAGAACAUGCUGAUUUUUCUCCAGGCUGAGCUAAAUGAAGGGAAUGAAGCAUGGAUAUGGAGAAGAAAAUAGAGCAGUUGAGCCCUUUUCACAUCUCAGAGAGGAUCCCGGCUACAAGGACAUACAAGAUGUUCAUCUGAGCCAUUAGAAUGUACCAAACAGUGGAAUAAAAAUAUUUGUAUUUUGGGAAGAUUUCAGAAUUGAGAUUUGUUUUGGAUGCAAGAUUUAUUUUUCAAAGUCACAAGUUCUCUAUGCUCCAAAGACUUUUAAGAAUUUGUUUUCCCCAACCUUUUUGGCUGUAACCGUAUUGACUAAAAGACUGUUUAUUUUUGUUUGUUUGUUUGUUUUUUAACACUACCUUAAUGUGAUGUUACAAUUUUCAAAAUCCGUCUUUAAAUUCUGACGCGCACACACCUUCCUCAAGAACUAACCAAGCAAUGUAGAAGGUCCAUAUUGGUUUAGAGGGUGCCAAGAUGAGGAGACCAUUUCAAGUGAUCAUGUGUGUUUAGGAUGGGAUUCUUAGAAUACGAGUUUUAUGACUAAAACAAUAUUUCCACCUAUCACUUUUUCCUAGAAUAGUACUAGCUCAAUGUGCAUAUAUUGAAAUAAGAAUGGACUUUUUUCUUUCAUUUCUCUCUUUCAGAAUAAUUUAUUGGGUUCCUAAUCAAUCUACAGCUAGCGGACCCUGUAGAGGAAAUUGCAUUUUAAAAGUGCUUCUUUCUGAAAGACAAACACUGGAAUCAGAAUAUUCAUAUUUUGAUGACGUGAGGAGAAACCAGGAUUCUGUAGACUCACGAUUCAUCCUUAGAAAUAAAGUAGGUGAAGAUGGCCCUCAGCCUCAUCACAAAAGAAAUAAGUCUGUCAAGCUGACCAUCUGCACUCAGUCCUUUCAUUUGAAUACAGGUUUGUAAACAUUGUUGUGGGACUAGAUAGAUAUGCUUCUUGCUGUAUUAAUAUACAUGUAUGUGAAAAACUCAUAACAGUAAAAGAUUCUGUUCAUGACUUUUAGUCCCCUAUGUAAGUUUUUCGAAUAAAAAAAAAAAUACAUAGUACACGUACCCAAGUCAAUAAAAGCAAAGUGUGGUGCAAGAACUAUGUAGGCGUUAAAUCAGCAAGGUGCUGAAAAGACAGUUUUGUAAUAAUCCCCUGUUGUCUGCAGGACGACAAAAUCGUUUAGUGCAUUUGGAUGAUGAUGUCAAAACUGAUUGUUGCACAGAUCACUAAAUGGAGGUUUGAGUGUAUUUUAGAAAAGAAUAAUCACAUCAUUCACCUUUGUCUUGUUUUUAAGUAUAUAUAUAUAUAUAUAUAUAUACUUUUAUAUAUAUAUAUAUAUAUAUAUAUAUAUAUAUAUACUUUUAUUUUUUUUUUUCAUAUUUGCUGAUCACAGAUUGGGAAAAGAAAAGCUUAAAUUUAAAUAAAGAUUUGAAAUUCUUGCCUAUACCCCCUUGCUCUUUUAUGCGUGGACAAUGACAUCAAGACAGAUACUAAACUUGAUUCAGUGGGAUUGUUAAAAAAAUACUUGAGAUGGCUGAGAGUGUGUCCCUAAUUUAGAUGAAAUUUAUAUGAGGCUUUCUAUCUAAGCUUACCGGUAACAGGGGUGAGUUUGUUAUUUUAGUUUUUUGGGGUUUUUUUCCCCCUUCCGAAAUCCAGUGCCAUAUAUGAUUAUCUCCAUAACACUUGAGAGGCUGUGUUUUAAAACCAGACCCUGUAAUAAUUGAUUAAAAAAAAAAAAAUCCAUGUUAAACCGAGUCAGGAGAUUCUCCAGAAGCAUUUAAGUAGAUCCCUAUUAUCUAGUCACUAAAAUUCAGUGGUGUAUUAGAACCAGCCAGAACCGGCUCCCAAGAACCAAUGACGUACGUCUCUUCGCCAUCCCCCUUCUGGUGAUAUCAUUUGGUGGGUUGAAGUUAACCAUGUAGUAAGAUUUAGACCACCAUGGAAAUAAGCAAAUUUUUUUUUUUCCUGAAGAGCCACUUAUUAAAUGUUCACCAACAUUUCACUGAUUAAAUUGCUUUAUAAAGGCAACUUUAUGAUCCUAAAUAUAGUAUGAAUGGAGUAUUAAAUAAUAAUCCUUGGAGCUACAAAUAGGACCCACUUCAUUAUAGGAAGCAAUGGCUUGAUAAUUUCAAGUGCAGACAGUGGUCUGGAAAGUCCAUAAAUUUAAAUAUUUUCCAUUUGUCCAUAUAGGGGCACCAUUAGAAACUCAAAGCGCACAAAGUAAUGCAUAGUUUUGAACAAUUUAAUUUCUUAAAAAUUUUUGUAUUUUAUGGGGUGCCUGGGUGGCUCAGUGGGUUAAACAUCUGACUUCUGAUAUGGCCUCAGGUUGUGAUCUCGUGGUUAUGGGAUGGGAACCCCACAUCAGGCUCCAUGCAGAGCAUGGGAUUCUCUGCUUGGGAUUCUCUCUCCUCCUCUCUGACCUUCUCCCACUCAUGCUCUUUCUCUCUCUCACUCUCUCUCAAAAUAAAUAAACUUAAAAAAUAUAUUUGCAUUUUACUUGUUACUGUUUAUGUCAAGGAGAUAUGUCCAAGCCCCAAUUCUGAAUUAUCACGGCAUAAUUUUAAGUCAGCGUAAAGAAUACGAAAACUAAAUCUUAUCAAGAGAGUGGGCUUUUGCAGAUCAAGUCUGAAUUAUCAUUCUGGAUUCACAGGUCAGUUUCUCUGUUAAAGCAAUACUCUAAGGUCAACUGCAGACCCAAAUUAAGAAGGAGAAACAAGAAAAGAUCAGCUCUGUGGAGGCAAUGAGUAGAUCCUUCUAUAAGCAAUUACGUAGAUGAAGCUGUUAAACUUUCCUUUGACAAGAAGCUCACUGGAGGCUCGGUUGAGGUCAGGUAGCUGCCAAACACAGGCAGGAAGUAAUCAUGUUCAGGUAACAAUAGCUGCCUUUUCACUCCACCCUCUGAGAAUGUUUUAAAUUAUUUUAACUUCAUGCACCAUUACAUUUACUACACUGGAUGGUGAGCAGGAUCCAGCAAUUAUUCUCAUGUAAAAAGUGUAGUUAUGCAAGAUACCAGUAUCAUUUGUGUCACGGGCCACAUGUCCAAAGAACUUACGUGCAAAUAGUUACAUCCAAAUCUAAAAUCGGAGGGAUCUUAAAAUAAGUAGAAAUAUGUUGCAAAAGGCAAAGACCAUCUAAAUGUUUUACAGUUUUUAAGCACUAGCUGGAAAUAUCAAUCUCCAAUUUUCAAUUUUGAUUUGAAGUCGACUGGCAAACUGUUUUAAUUAACCUCAUUGUUUUUAAAUCACUAUUGAAAGGUUUAUUUACAGAUGAGCUCAUUAAAGUUGAUUAAAAGAGAGCUUCAACUUUUAACUCUUUCCAGUCCAAGAUGGCUGGCGGCACAGUGUAUAUGACAAUUAGCAGGGAAUGAAUUUCAUUUUCUGUUAGUCUGUGUUGGUUAUCUGGUCUUCAUUAUGCAGUUUUUAAAAAGUAUUCGUAAUGUAUAUUUUAUGUAUAUACGAUGGUGUGUGGAAAGCUUGGCAGGCAAAACAAAUGCAGUUGUGUGAGCUGACUCCUCAUCGGUACAACCCAAAGAGCAAAAGAAGGAGUAAUUGCAUUUACGUGUUGAGUGUAACUGAAAUUGUUUCAGAGAUGGGGAUAAGCCCUUGAGAAAAGCGAGACUUGAUGCUGAUUUGGCAGCCAUUGUAAAGUCCAUUUCCAGGGGUAAUUUUUCAAGCGUGUGGCAUUCUGACACUUUUUUUGUUAUGCUAUCUUGUACAGGCUCAGAGGUGAACUGUAAAAGGUCACGUGAGUGUGUGUACGUGCGCGUGCGCGGGUGUUUGAGAUUGGAGGGGGUGGGGCAUCGGAAAGAAUGUCUGAAGCAAUCUUAGAAAACUGGUCUAACAUUACCUUGUUACUGCCAACAUAUUACUGUCAUUUGGCAAAUUCUUAAUAAGCCAUAAGAUUAGAAUAUCUGAUAUUGACUGAAGGGAGCAAUAUUUUAUUCGCUUUAAAAUUUUAACUUAAGGAGAAGGAUUUUGGUAUUAAGGGGAAAGCAUUUAGCUGAACUAUCUAAAUAAUUGGCUCACUUUCUUUUUAUUGUGUAGAUGUGAUCUCAUUGUUAACACAGACUAUGGAGUUUGAAUUAUUUAUUGUGGAAUGUCACUGAGCUUUGGCCUUGAGUAUCAGUGUGUUGUACUACGAAGUAACCCUGGUCUGUGGUUAUAAAAUCUGGGUCAGAAGGCAGUUCUAGCACAUUUCUGCUAUGCCCUGGAUGCCAUUCUAAUUCUCUGAACCUUUAUAUCUUCAUGAUUAAAAUUGAGUUAAUUACUAUCCCGUCUCAAAGGCUUGUGAGCUGAUUAAUUGAAAGUGCUGUGUAAACUGUAAAAUGCUGUAAAAACAAAAAAAUGUACGGCUUUAUUAUGGAAAAUUAUGGAAAUUAUAUGAUAAGGUUGAUUAUAUGUAUUGUUACGUAGUAAAUACAGAUAAUGUCUGUUUUUGGAAACAUGCAUUAAUGGAAAAAAAAAAAAAGUAUGCAAUUAGUAUCCUAAAUUGGGAAAGCAUUUUCAGAGAAAAUUGGCAUAAUUGAUUAAAGCCACUCCUCAAAAACAAUCAUUUUUGUAAGAUCUUUAAAGGUUGAGGUAUAAUUCAAACCAAUUCAGUCACUAAUAAGAAUUAAGGAUAGCCGUAUGGGCAGGGGAUUACAAAUAAAUAACAAUAUUCCCUACUCGUGAUCAUGACGGAGUGAAAGACGAAGGCCUUCCACUGAUCGCAGCCUCAUUACAGAUCACAAAUAUACGGGAACAGAGAAGUACACCAUCUUCUAGAACAUCCAGAGGAAAUACAGUGUGGUUCUAGGGAACCCAAAGGUUUUGUCAGUCAUGAGCGACAUAUGUAUAAUUAAUAAUUUAUACACUUCAAAGAACUAAGGUACCAUAAUAUUGACUUUACAUGAAAACUAUCCUGUGCUCUUGUUUUGAUGACCUAAAACCACUUCCAAUAUCUUACAGAAGCUUGCUUAUUUUAGCCUUUUAUAAACAAAGAAGCCAUCAGAGAUUAAAAAGUAAUAUGCAUAGGAUACUAUUGCUUUGUCAGUGAUAAUCUACUCGUAAAAUGAGUGCUAAUAAACUUUCUCCUCAACUUUAGAUAUUAGUUAUCUGGUUAUUUGAAGCUCGUAUGAACAGCCAUUCUAAACAUACGCAUUAAUAGCUAUGGAAUUAGUGAGAGUGUUGAGAAGUAUGGCAUACUCAUACUCAAGGACAUUAACUCUUGCAUUUUUAUUGCAUUAAUUCAUGAAAUUUUGCUAAUCGUUUUUAUUUUUAUAAGCCAUAAAAAUGAUAUGCUCCACUACUGUUUCAAGCUGUAUUUUUCUUGUGCGUAGACACUAUUUUUUUAACAUCAAGAUCUGGCAUAUACAUCAAAUAUGAUCAAUAUUUCAAAAGUAAUCAGUUUUAUAAAACAGGUAUGUAGAAAUUGCAAUUUAUCUGCAAUGAUUUUAUAAGGCAAAAAAUAAAAAGGAAAAAAACUCAUUAGACAAAUUUAAUGUAUAUUAUGUUUCAAAUUGCAUAUACAUAUUUAACAUUAUAUAUGAGCAUACACACAUGCCCCCCCAACACAAUCUAAAUGUUACCUGCUAAAUGGAGUAAAUGGCUUUUAACAUUCUCUCAAGGUAAUUAUGACUGCUAGAUGCAAUCUCCAUAAUCAAAUUAUGUGGGAAUGCUGAAAAAUGAUACUGUACAUUUGUAAAGCUGUUCUUAGAUUCCAGUUUUUUUUUUUUUUAUAAAAAGAGAAAUGAGCAAUUCAUGUAAGUAAAAUAUACAAGAUAACUUUCAAUGAAACUAUUAAUGACUAUUCAUGAGGCUUUAUUAUAAUUAUAUGAAAAAAAAUGAAUGCUUUUUCUGCAAUGUUUUGACUUACGUAAGAGUCAGUUGAAUAAAUGGAUAUAACCUAGUUUUUAAAAUGCUAAUUCAAUUAACCGCAAAAAUCCAUCCUGAAAAUGUAGUUCCAUUUAGCCUGGGCAAUGAGACAUCAUGCAAAAACUUGAAGUCUGAUGUAUGUCAGAACCUGAAGAGAUGAUUUUUGUUCAAAUCAAGCACUGCCUCUCAGGCAGAUAGUCUGCUUGAGUACUAAGUACUUGAGAUUUUUUUAGUAGAUAAAGGAAAGUACAGUUUCAUAACUAUACAAGUGAAUAGCUGUAUACAAAACACCCAAUGAAUAUGAAUCAAUUUGGGAAACCAGGCAGUGGCAUUAUGAGAGUUCAGUUUAUUGCCACGAUUUCUUGAUGUGUGCUUUGCUGGGUUGAAAAAUAUUAAGAAGCUGUGUUGCAAAUUAAUUGCCGAAUAAAACAAUUUCCCAAAUUCCUGACAAACAUCUGUGUCUGCAGUGGCUCACUGUUUAGUCCUGCUCCUCAACGGUGAUAGUAAUCCCAAGUUGGCUUCUAAUUUUUACGUCUUGACUUCUUGGUACAUAAAAUGAAUUCUGUUGUAGUUAAAGUUUGAUGUUUUCUUCUAAGUGACUGAUUUUUAUGUGAAAUCUUGUUAAUAAAAAUGUUCCAGAGAUA